GAUGCCACGUGCUGUUGCUGUGCUCGCUGUUGCUGUGCUGUGUUUCCUCCCGCUGUGUUCAGGGGGCUGCACCUACACGGAACAAGCCGACACGGCGGGAGAUCAAUCUGACUGGGCUGACUUUAAAACAGUGGCUUCCACACAAGAGUGCAAGGACUUCUGUGAUGAGACUGCCGGGUGCCUUGCCGCCGAGAUACGUGGCAGCAGCUGCUACACCUACGUCGUGAACACCGCCACGGGCCCUAAGGAAGGCAACACCUUCUUGGCUAAAACCUGCACGAGUAAUGAAGAGUGCAGCUACAUGCGGGUGUGCUACUGCACCAACUGGUCCCAGUACCGACCAGCUCCUGCACGUUUCACUCCAAGCAACAUCGACGCCACACUCUGCACACACAUCCUCUACGCCUUCCUCGACAUCGACGGAAGCUCCAAGACCAUUGUUUACAGAGAGUGGAACGACUAUGCUAUGUUACAGCAGUUACGUGGCCUCAGACAGAUCAACCCUGACCUGAAGCUUCUCGCCGUGUUGGGAGGCUGGCAACGUAUACAAGGCUUCAUAGACAUCACCCAGUCUGAAGCUGAUAUGCAAGCCUUUGCCGUCAACGCAAUCGACUUCAUACGCGACAACGGCUUGGACGGCCUGGACAUAGACUGGGAGUACCCGUCAAUGACAGGUCACAAGACUCAACACACAAAAAUGAUGGAGACUCUACGUACCAAGUUUGAUCAAGAAGUUCUAACUGGGGACCGGAAGCGCCUCAUACUUGCCGCCGCGGUGUCUGCCGGUCAGCCCAUCGUCGACGGCUCGUACAGCAUACCUCUGUUGUCUAGCUACGUGGACUUCCUGAGCAUCAUGACAUACGACUUCCAGGGAGCCUGGACGUUCCCCCGUCAGGUGGACCACCACACCCCGCUCUACAACCCCAACAGCGCCAUCUACUACACGGACUAUGCCAUGCGGUACUGGCGGGACCAGGGAGCAGAUCCCAAGAAGCUGCUGAUGGGAAUGCCCACCUACGGGAGACACUUCCGUCUGUCAGAUCCGUCCCAAACAUCUAUCAGGUCUCCCUUCACUGCAGCAGGAUCCGCUGGGCUCUAUACCCGCUCGACGGGCACGCUUAGCUACUAUGAGAUAUGCCAGCUGCUUGAUGAUGGCUUCAGCAGAGUUCGCCUGGGGUCUAUGGGUGUCCCCUACGCGUACGGCCGGAGGAACGGACACACCGAGUGGGUGGGCUACGAUGACGUGGAAAGCUACCGUCUAAAGCUCCAGUACAUCAAAGACAACGGCUACGGCGGUGCUAUGGUCUGGUCUCUGGACAUGGAUGAUUUUACAGGAGGAUUCUGUGGCCAGGAAUACCCACUGGUGUCACAACUUCGUGCAGCUUUGACAUGCCAAUCUACGUCGCCAACCACUACACCUGCUACAUCCCCUACUGUUACAUCUGCUACGACAUCGCCAACAACCACAUCUGCUACAACAUCCCCAACAACCACAUCUGUUACGACAUCCCCUACAACAACAUCUGCUACGACAUCCCCAACAACCACAUCUGCUACGACAUCCCCAACAACCACAUCUGCUACGACAUCCCCAACUACAUCAGUUACGACAUCCCCUACAACCACAUCUGCAACGACAUCCCCAACAACCACAUCUGCUACGACAUCCCCAACUACAUCAGUUACGACAUCCCCUACAACCACAUCUGCUUCGACAUCCCCAACCACAUCCCCUACAACAACAUCCGUUACGACAUCCCCGACAACCACAUCUGCCAGGACAUCACUGACAACCACAUCUGCCAGGACAUCACUGACAACCACAUCUGCUACUACAUCACCGACCACAAUAUCUCCAACGACUACAUCUGCUACGACAUCUCCUACCACAACAACAUCUCCAACGACUACAUCUGCUACGACCUCCACUUCAGCCACAACUGACCCAACAUCGCUGACAACAACAGCCGGCAAUUAUAAUGGUAUUGUAUCUGAGUGUGUGUCGGGGACGUCGGCAGACUGGCGUCGGAGCGACGUGGACUGCGCUGUGUUCUACCGUUGUGUACAGGGAAAGGUCUACACCUACAGCUGCCCCGCACCCCUCGUGUUUGACCUCGCCCACAGCACGUGCAACUGGGAGUGGGCAGUGUCCAGCUGCCCUUGACCAAUUCGCCCUGCGCUAUGGAGUUCACCAUUCGUAACAAUAAAACCUGUGGCAAACUGCGGAAUGUUUCUUUUUGAAAAAAGUCUUGUAUUUGAUAUAACGUUUCAAACGGUCACAGGUGUUCAUUAAAGGGAGACCACUCCUC